GCUAUGUUUCGCAGCUUUAAGCUUCCUCAGCUGUUACGAAAAGGGUCACAUUUACUCAGCAUUAGAUCGGUUUACGUUAGGGAAAAAAGCUAGGAAAAAGCUAGGCCACGCUUCCAUCUUCAUUUACUGUAAGGUCUGUCUUCGUUUUCUAGGGGUUCACAACACGCGUGAUUCGAUUAAAUGUUGUAUUCGGUGCUAAUUUCGCCGAUGGUUUACAUUGGGGUCUUAGGACUCACAUUUUCGUUUUUGAGGGGUCUUCGGUCUUCGUUUUCUAGACACCCCAAUACUCCCAAUGUGGCAGUGGUUGCCACUCUACUGCUGGCUUAUCUGCACCUAAAAAAAUAAAUAAAUAAGGCUAAUAAAAUGGCAAAUGGCAUGGGUCAUGUUGCAGUUCUAGUAAAGUCUCACGUGAAUGGCUUGAAACCCUUUGAGAGGACAAUAGAACAAACAACAGAAACAAUGCCCUCUAGCCCCAAAACAAUAACAGUUGCUGCAAUGACCACAAAUAGAGUUACAAGCUUACAAGAGCUGCUACACUACUGAAUGGCAUAGUCUGAUAAUUCUUAGUUUAUAAACUCUAACCUAUCUGUAGAGCUACACAGCAUGUAAGUUGUGUUUUCUGUCAUUUCAUUCAUGAUGCAAUUGAGGCAUUAUCUGGCCAAACAAUUAGUUUACCGUGCUGUCUGUUCGAUUGCUUAUUUUUGAAGUUCCUUGCAACUUUCAAAUAUAAAUAUUUGUAAUGACGUUUUUAGGCCCAGUGGACUGAAGGAAAACUGUACUGCCCUAAAUGCAAGAGCCGCAUUGGAGCAUUUGACUUUAUUCAUGGAAUACAAUGUAACUGUAGAAAGUUUGUAAUACCUGCUGUCUGGAUUCAGAGAAGUAGAGUUGAUCUUAUUAUGCCAAGAAACCUGGCAACAAGUCUUGAUAUUAGGAAACCUGUCAUCAGUACCGAUCAAUCAGCAAGGAUUCAUUCUGACACUUCAACAGUAGUUCAUAAUGUGGUGCACUCAUUUGGUGGCAAUGAUCAAGAGUGUGCUGGUCAACACUUGAAAGGAGAUAGAGACAUACCACAGUUCACAUCAUCUCCAGUUCGCUUGUGUUCCAAUCCUCCUGAUGAGGGAAAUGAAGGGAAGGAUAUAUCUACACAUAGUCAUUAUAACAAUGGCCAAGCUGAAUCUUCACAUAAUUCUUGUCCAAGAGUCUACAGGGAAUCUACAUCCAGUUCUUGUGGCAUAAGUAUUCCUCUAGAAAGAAAUGCUUCUUCUUCACUGCCAGGUACAGAUUCAUGUUCAUCUAUGUCUCUGGAAAUUGGUUCUUGCAUCACUGACCAGUGUGAAGAGUGCUGUGGUGUUAGAUCGCAUCAAACAUGUCCUGAUACAGGGAAUGGAAAUUCAACAGAUGCUGAUCAAAGAACUCAAACAUUGUCUCAUUGCAGUGUAUGUUUGGAUGCACCAGUGGAAUCAGAUUCUUCAGCAAUGGAAACACGGCACAUUCUGGACAACAAGGGAAGUUUUGAGCAGAGAUCUAGAAGGAAACAAAAACGAAGGCAUCAUAUGUCAGUGGAAAAUACCGACCUACACUUACAUGCAGACUUGGCAAUUGAGCCACAGGUUUCCCAUGCUGGAGAUCAGAAGACUUACUACAGUUGUUUGAUUGUUGAUGAAGGCUUUGAUGAAACAAUGACUGGACUAAAGGUUGUCAAUCGUGAAUAUCAAGAUCAACACUGCUGUGCUGUGUGUUUGGAUCUGUUGUAUGAACCAUUCAAGUGUUCUUGUGAUCACGUAUUCUGUGAUCCGUGUUUACGCCAAUUGAACUUCAGGACUGGCAUUAGAGGAACAAUAAGAUGUCCUUUGUGCAGGCAAAUAGUGCAGCACAUAACACCAGCCACAGAAGUCAGAGGUGAGAUCAGGAGAACAUAUGCUUCACAUAUUCUCAGGAAACGUGACAAAGCUGAGCGUCGUGCUCCACACAGAAAAUGGCCCCUUCCUGCUAAUCAAGGACCUUUGCGGAGAGGUCCAGAGUGGUUGAUUUCCUCGAGUAACCAACCGUGACUUCUCAUGAGAGCUGUCAAAUGAACACACUCCAAACCUCUUGACGCAUUACAGGAGGUAAAACAGUUGUCUCUAAGUUGUGACAAACUAAAACGGAUGCGUUUUGGUUUGUAAUUUCUGAAACACCUCUAAGACAAUGACAGAUAAUAGAAAAGAAAUAAAAAGAUAAAAAUAAAGACAAAAUAGAAAAAAGGUUCUGAUUAAACCAUUUCUCUAAAAAAAAAUCAUUUAUUGGAGUUUCCAGGGCUGAAAAUUUUCCUGAAAUAUUACCAUUUAUUUCCGCUCAGAGUUCACUGUUUGGUUUUCAAAUAAUUUGGUACUGAAGGAAUGUUCCAAAUUUUUGGAGUGAGAAUAAGGUUUGUAAGUGUUUUGUAUUUUGCUCUUAAAAUCGUCAAGGAUGAAAAUUAAGAAUCAAAUCAAACAAAAAGUACUGGAAUAAGUUUGUUGGUGUAUUGGGAACACCCCACAUGUUGACAAAACGUAUUAAAUUUACUAGAAAAACAAAUUCAUAAACAAAUCCCUGUCUAAAUUGUUUUUGCAAACUCUCCAAAAGGACGACCGUUACUUUGUUACUUGAAUGUUGAUUUAAUAUGUUUAUUCAAUUGGUAUUAACUCAGAUCUAAUUAUCAGGUCUAAUUACUGUGAUCUAUGUUGCUUAAUAUCUAUCUCUAAUUUCAGUGGCUACAAACAGUAAUUUCUUUUUAAAGGAGCAGCUCCAUCAAAAGCUACCAAAGCGCGAGAUUCAUUGUUGUCAGUUUAAACCCACUUAUUUUCCACCUCAUUACUUCAGAGAUUGCCCACACACUUGUUGCGCUUGGAUGGCUGGGUAUUCUUUAAAUGCACAACACCCUGAGCAUUCGUCGAGUAAGCUGCAUGGGAAAGCAUUAGCAAGAACACAGAAGCUGCCAAUGCCAGGUUACGCGUAUAAAAAAUUAAAACUUGCCGUUAUUUAGCAAAAGCGAGAGAUUUUUAACAAUUAUUCCAUGAGCGCACGUUAGAAAUGAGAUAGUAGAUAACCAACGAGGCGCGAAGCGCCGAGGUACCUAUUACAUCUCAUAUCAACCAAGCACAAGUCGAAUAAUCGUUUUAUUAAAAAUAAAAAUAAAAUAAAAGUAAAAAUGUCUCCAAAGA